UUCCCUUCACGCCCGUCGCAGCCAUGGCGGCGGCAGCAGCGGCGGCUGCCGGCGGGAUGGUGCCGGUGCUGCCGGGGCUCUACGUGGGCGGCGCGGAGUCGUGUUCGUGCCCGGAGGCGCUGUCGGCGGCGGGGGUGGUGGCGGUGCUGACAGUGGACGCGGAGGAGCCGCCGGCCGUGCCGGGGGUGCGGGCCAUGCACGUCCGGGCGCGGGACGAGCCCGGCGCGGACCUGCUGAGCCGGCUGGACGAAUGCGCCGCGUUCCUGGGCGCGGCGCGGGCGGGCGGCGGGGCCGCGCUUGUCCGCUGCCACGCCGGGGUGAGCCGCAGCGUGGCCGUGGUCGCCGCCUACCUGAUGAAGACGCAGGGGCUCGGCUGGGAGGAGGCGCUCGCCGCCGUCAGGGCCGCCAAGCCGGACGCAGAGGUGAACCCGGGUUUCCAGGGGCAGCUGAAGCUGUACCAGGCCAUGGGCUGCGCCGUGGACAGCAGCAGCGUCCUCUACAAGCGGUACCGGCUGGAGAUGCUCAGCGAGAGGCUCUCCGAACCUCAAGACUUGCCCCGAGAAGUCUUUGCUGUUGAUCCAACCAGUAUAUGUCAAACUCCAAACACAGAGGUUCUCUACAGGUGCAGGAAAUGCAGACGCUCUCUGUUCCGUAGUUCCAGUAUUUUGUCCCAUGUGGAGGGAAGCGGACCAACAGCCUUUGCCCACAAGAGGAUAACGGACUCUGCACGGCUUUGUGGCAAUGGCCAUGAAAAGUGCACCUCUUACUUCAUUGAACCUGUGCAGUGGAUGGAGCCAGCAUUGCUUGGAGUAAUGGAAGGACAGCUUCUGUGUCCCAAAUGUGCAUCGAAGCUGGGCUCCUUCAGCUGGAGGGGUGAGCAGUGUUCCUGUGGCCGUUGGGUGACACCAGCCUUCCAGAUCCACAAAAGCCGAGUGGAUGAAGUGAGGACGCUGCCAGUUGGUAACUUCCAAACUGCCAAAACCUGAACUCAUCACUUCACUCCAUGGAUUUCUUAACAUCCACAGAAAACUACUGGCUAGUCUGUGGUUGCCAGGAAGAAGCUUGUGACUUCUAUCCCUUUGUGAGGUGAUGGAAUUACUGGAACACCUUCAGCUUGUUUUAUCUCUUAAUAUAUUAUAUAAAAUAUCAGAACACUUUCUUCA